AUGAAGAGGGAGGGAAAUAGAGUUCAUAUUGAUCGGUUGGCCAGCCCUUCUGGGGAAUGGUUUAAGAACAUCACCCGUAACAAGUUGGAUAGUUUGAAGCUGGAGUGGGCGAUUGGAGACAGAGAGGGCUGCAAAGAGAAAAACAAACACAGAAAGCAAGAGCUAGAACACAAAAAUAUUGCAUUGAACUUACGAGUGACAAAUCAAAACUGUAAAGAACAGUAUUCAGCAAAGGUUCUUGAUGAAAAAGAAACAAGCAAGUCCAACAACAAAGACACAGACAGCAUCAGAAAGGGAAAGAGGGAUGAGGAGCUAGUACCCAUGAAAGACGGUUGA